AUGCCAUUUGCUUUCUUCGCUCCCCUUCUCCUACGGCACAACCACCCCCCUUGUAAUAGCGCUGCACUGGCCACUGGCGCCGCCAACCCCAGUGGAGUUACAGAGGGUCGCCUCCAGGUUUGUGGUGGAGCAGGUCGCCGGUCUUUUUUUCCCAAUCUGCAACGUCAACCGCUCCGAGAGCUCCAACAUUGUCGCCUCCUGGAAUUUUCUUGCCUCCCCGCUGCUGCCAUUUGUGUUUGCUUUGGCCAUGACGAUAUCGAGAGCACAGUAGUUCAACGCACCACAGAGCUACACUGUCUUUCUUGUCUCUUCUGCCGUCAAAUGCCUUUGCGUCUGCGGCCAGGGGCAGCUGGUGGCGGCAACAGCUCCAACGGCACGCAACAGCAGCAGCAGCAGCAACUCAACACCGGCUUCUAUCAGUACCAGCGUCGACAAGAUGGCCCUCCUUACCCGUUUACUUCCCUGCUUGCCUCGUCCUCUUCCUCUUCUUCCAUGAACCCUUAUGCAGCAGCUCCUCGCGCGCACAAUGCUUACCAACGACCAGCAGACGGCAUCGGCCGAAACCCGGGAUACCAACCGCGAGCCCGCGUGACAGAGCGAUACCGAAUCGUCGGCUUCAUCAGCAGCGGUACAUAUGGACGAGUAUACAAGGCCGUAGGGCGCAGCGGCGUCAUCUCGACGGACGCCAUGGGCGUGUCGUCGACAGCUGGUGGACACGAGGUGGCUAUCAAAAAGUUCAAGCCCGACAAGGAGGGCGAGCAGGUCAGCUAUACGGGUAUCUCGCAGAGUGCUAUCCGCGAGAUGAGCCUCUGCAGCGAACUCAAGCACGCCAAUGUCAUCCGCCUGGUCGAAAUCAUUCUCGAGGACAAGUGCAUCUUCAUGGUCUUUGAAUACGCCGAGCACGACUUGCUCCAAAUCAUCCACCACCACACACAGCAGCCGCGCCAGCCGAUUCCUCCCGCCACUGUAAAAAGUAUCAUGUUCCAACUGCUCAACGGCUGCCACUAUCUUCACACCAACUGGGUGCUACAUCGCGAUCUGAAACCCGCCAACAUCAUGGUCACAUCGUCUGGCGAAGUCAAGAUUGGUGACUUGGGUCUUGCUCGACGCUUCGACAAGCCCUUACACUCGCUCUUCAACGGUGACAAGGUCGUCGUCACCAUCUGGUACCGUGCGCCUGAGCUUAUACUCGGCUCCUAUCAUUACACGCCGGCCAUCGACAUGUGGGCCGUGGGCUGCAUCUUUGCCGAGCUGCUCUCGCUGCGUCCCAUCUUCAAAGGCGAGGAGGCCAAGAUGGACAGCAAGAAGACGGUUCCGUUUCAGCGUAAUCAGAUGCAGAAGAUUAUGGAAAUCAUGGGUGCCCCGACUAAAAGCAAGUGGCCCCUGCUCUCCACGAUGCCCGAGUACGGCCAGCUUAACACCCUUGUCGCCUCGCUCACGCCAUCAUCCUCAUCACGCCACCAGUCCUCGCACGGCAUCCCUCCUUCAUCCAAUCUUGAAAAGUGGUACAACAAUACCAUCCAUAACGCACCCACUAGCACAAACGUCUCAUCUACCUCCUCUUCCUCUCUCGUCUCUCUCGGGCAGGAUGGCUACCGCCUCCUCUCUGGUCUUCUCGAAUACGACCCCACGAAGCGUCUAACGGCGGCCCAGGCGCUUCAGCUUCCCUUCUUCAGCACCGGUGACAAAGUUAGCGCCAAUGCUUUCGAGGGAAUCAAGUUUGAAUACCCCCACCGCCGCGUCAGUCAAGACGAUAACGAUAUCCGCACCAACAGCUUACCGGGCACCAAAAGAACCGGACUGGCUGACGAUUCCCUUCUUCGCCCGUCAAAACGAGUCAAGGAGUAA